AUGUCUCUCAUCACUGUAUCUGCAAUUGUCAACGCCGACACCUCCUUUGCUUUUCAACCCUAUGGUUUACCCCAGAACAAGAGUAUAUCAGUCUACAAAGUGGCCUCUAUCGAAGGAAUGUAUCAGAUAAUCUAUGACACCGUUUUCGCGAGCACGCCCGUGGUUACGGUAACACAAGCUUGGCUUGGAAGUCUUGGUAGUGCGGGCGGUUUGACUAUUGAUAACGCUGCUAUUAACGAGAUCACGAAGACGUAUGCGACUGUGAAGAUGGGGGACGGCAAUGGAAAUGGGCAAUGGCGUCCUUUCACUGUUGUGCUUACUGGAUAUCAGAACGUCACCGACUUGAAGAAGCCGGAGCAUGAGGAAGAUGACGAUGAGUAG